GUCAUGGUGUACUAUUGGUGGCAAUGAAUGAGAGGCGGGACUUAAGAGAAACUGUGUGAUUGGCUAGGUGGCGCGUGACGGUUAGCGGAAGUAGUUGAGCUCUGUCCCGUGUGCGUGAUUGAAGUAUGGAACAAAAUAAUGACGGGAACUUGGCCCAGGUCCGGCAUGUUGUGUUGGUCCUGUCGGGGAAAGGAGGUGUGGGCAAGAGCACCAUUACCACAGAGUUAGCGCUGUCUCUCAGGCAUGCUGGCAAGAAGGUUGGCAUCCUGGAUGUUGACCUGUGUGGGCCCAGUAUCCCCCGCAUGCUGAGCAUUGGCAGGCCUGAUGUGCACCAGUGUGACUCAGGAUGGGUGCCUGUCUACACCGAUGCCCAGAAGAGCCUCGCCCUCAUGUCUAUUGGCUUCCUGCUGGAGGACCCAGAUGAAGCAGUGGUGUGGAGGGGGCCCAAGAAAACCGCUUUGAUUGGCCAGUUUGUGUCAGACGUCGCAUGGGGGGAGCUGGAUGUGCUGCUAGUGGACACCCCCCCAGGGACGUCUGACGAGCAUUUGGCAGUACUGGAGAACUUUAAAAAACACAGUAGAUUGGAUGGUGCCAUUUUGGUCACCACACCUCAGGCUGUAUCCACAGGGGAUGUGAGGAGGGAGAUCACCUUCUGUAAGAAGACAGGAGUUCGGAUCCUGGGCGUCAUAGAGAACAUGAGUGGUUUUGUUUGUCCACAUUGUUCGGAGUGCAGCAAUAUAUUCUCAAAAGGUGGUGGAGAGGAGUUAGCCAAGCUGACUGGAUCAGUUUUCCUGGGCUCUGUGCCUUUGGAUCCUCUGCUCAGCACAAGUAUAGAGGAGGGAAAAGACUUCAUACAGUCAUUUUCUGACAGCGCCACCUACAGUGCCAUCAGCAGUAUUUCUCAGACUCUGCUCAACAGCCUUCAAACUACUUGAGUCCUGAAUUUAACAACUCCAAAUGCUGGACAGUGUUCAGUUUAGUACAGUUGCAUUUCUGUUUUCCUUUACAGUUAAACAUCACAUAAAACUAAUUUCUGACUGUCUUAUUUUAUACCGUAAUUAAUAUAUGCCAACAGUACAGUGCAGGCUUUGUUUAGAGUUAUCUUUCUGUACUAGAGUUUGAAGUCUUUAGGGCGUUAACCACAGCAUGAAGAUUACCAGAGCUCAUUCCAGAGUGAAACAGGAAGAGUUAAAUACUGUUAAGCAACUCAGCAAAUUUAAGACAUUUUUUAAAAUCAGAAAUGCCAUAGCAUGCUGCCUGUAAAGAUUUGGAUUGUGUCACAGUAGAAUAAACAGUACUGAAAACAUUA